AUAUUGUUUGAAGACACAUCAAAUUAACAUUAAGGUUUAUUUAUGUAUGUUUUUUACAAAUUCUGUAUUUAAUUGAAAUGAUUUUCUUUCAGGUACCACCACCACCACCUAAUAUAACUGCCAUCAAAGCCAGAAGAGGAAGAGGCCAUGAUAUCUCCACAGACAAGGAAGCCCAUGAUGAACCACAGUCUUCAGCAAGCUGUUACACAUCUAUCACAUUAGAGAACUCAGUGAUAAAGGGGUACCAUGUGUACAAGAUAAAACCCCCAAUAACUGACCCUGUGACAAAGCUUGUUGUAGAUAGGGAAUAUACCAACAUCAAGGAUAAAGAUGCAUGCCUUGUGUGGAUUCCUGGACUUUCUGAGUUUGAUGUCACUUUACAUGACAUGGUAACCGAUGAUAAAAGACAGCUGAAGUUGUCAGAUAUAGCUGCACUUCCAAUUGGCCACGUACCACGCAUUCUUGCAAGUUGUUUUUACAAUGUACUUGAUUUGGGUGGACACGUGUGUGCCAUCAUGACCGGUGAACCGACGCCCAGUUUCCCACCGUGGCCUGCUCCAUCUGAGAGUGGUGGUGGCGUUGUGAUUCCAUGUAAAUAUGUACUUACAGCAGAAGAUGAAGUGAACACUAUACAAAUGUUAAGAGAAACACUCAAAAAGAUGCCCGAAGGUUAUGUGAUGAAAAUAGUUGUUAAUUGACAUUGAUAUACUUGUUAUUGCCAUGAAAAUAAGGUGGACUAAAACUGAUAUAUAAAGUAAUCAGUUAAUUCAUAUGUCUUGUAUUUAGAAUUUAAUUGGCAUAGUUUUGUUUUCAACAAAUCUAGUGAUAAUUCGUUGCUCAUUAUUUCUCACCUGCAAUAGAACUGCUUGAUGUUAUUGAUCAAAGAAUCUCCAAAUUACAAUUUUGAUUGUAAUAAGUACUUUAUAUGGGUUGUGGUUUUGUUUAGUUGUUCAAUGUUUUAUACUCAAAGUAGCUUGAAUUUUGAUUCAAAUUGUUGCAUCUUGCCAUCAAUCUUGUUCACUCCAGUUUUUGUGAUGUCUGUGUAUUUUGUUCAGGUUUAAGAAAUAGAUUUACCUCAUACUAUUUCUAACAGCUUUUAACCUAUUACCUCAUAUCAUUGCAUAGGAUGAUAGGUUAGUACCAUAAUAUCAACACCUAGCUCAGGCUAGCUGGUCAAAAUUUCUAGUCAACUUGUUAUGUGUUUAUAUAUAUUUGUUCAUAUUUUACUUUAUAAAAUGUCUGUGAUUUAAUUCUUGAUUAU